AUGAGAAAUAAAAUGAACUUUUUUGAUUUUAGCAAAUGGCUGCAGUGAAACAAAGAGUGAAAAAUUUAAAAAGCAGUUUGGGGUGAAGGCAGCCUGUUGCCUGGUGACGACCGGCAGCCGUGUGAGAAGUUCAACUGAAGCGGCGAGGAGACGUUUCUGCUCUCAGAAAGGAGAAACAGAUACGACCUGUUUGAAAUGAACUUUUAGUUACUUCAACGCUGCAACAAACGACAGAAUCUCUGACUCCGUGUUAAAGCGCCGUCAUCGCCAGCUCUGCAGCAUUUUAGCCUCCUUUAGCUGCUAGUUUUGGUUUUGCAGCACACGUCAAACACUCACUGCAGCACCACAUGUGGAUUCAUCCGCCGCUGGAAAUAGUCCCCAACAGAUGCUCUGUUUCCUCCUGUUAGUCUGAUAAAAACUACAGCGAGCAGCUGUUUGAGGAAACUACUUUUUAAACAGGAAACUCUCUGUGAGGCGUUUUUAAAGAUUUACGGAGCCUCCACAUGUCCCAGAGUGCACUGGGGCACAGCCUCCGACGCUCGUUGACUUCACCCCAGCGCUGACCUGCAGGUGGAGCAGGUGGAGCUACACCUCAGGCUCACUGUUAUUACUGAGGGAAUGAUAAACUACCAAAAUAAGAGCAGAGAAUUAUCCUUUAAUGUGCUCGUAUGGACAAACUGCUGUUUGUCGACUACAGUACCCAUGAGCCUCAGCGGCCGUUGCUAUGGUGACGACUAUAUCCAGAGUUGUAUCACAGUCAGAACAAAACGCUGCACCGCAGAUGCUGAACUGGUCUAGAACUGAUCCAAAAGCCCAAACUGAGUUAUACAGAUUUAUUUACUGGUUUGUGAGGACCAAACCCGCCUCAAGUACCUCUGGUAGCCUCUCAAGGACCUUGGAACCUUUCAAGGACUCCAGGAUCCUCUUCAAGGACCCCUGAAACUUCCUGAAGAACCAUUUGAGUCCGGUGCCCCUCAAGGUAUCCUGGAACCGUUUCUUCUGGUUUAACCUGGUUUGUGAAGACUUGGGUGAGUGUGUGUCGCUGUGGGGGGGCAGGAAUGGUGGUUCCUUGGCGUUAAAAGUUAAAUCCUAGUCGUCCCACAGAGUUUGAUGCGAACCUUCAUGUGAUUCGUUUGAGGAAGUGUCGACUUCCCUUCCGGAGAAAUCUGUCAGAACUAAAGGGAAGUUCGCUGAACUUCAGCAAAUCUUGGGAGGAUUCACUGUAAAUAGAACAAAUCUGUCAGCAGAUAUCUGAACAUCGGAGAGAUGUUAUGAAACGUUGGACUGGAUCCAGAUAUAUUUCGGAGGUGAUGAAUGGACAGUUUUUGCACAGUUGGCUGGUUGAUGGGAGGAGGCCAGAAACCAGAGCUGCUUGUUGCUGCAGAAGUUUGACAGAAAACGACUCGUCUUUCCUCCCGGACUGUUUCUGCGACUGAGACUUCAACAAGGUCAACAGACUGAGAGACAUGGCCAUGAUGACAGACUACCAUUAUGAGAACGAGGACGACAGCAGCGCCCUGUGGAUCAAAGAGGCUCCUCCUGUCUCUUUCUCAGGAGUCUCCAGGUUCAGACGCUGGUUGUUUCCUGCUCUGACAGCUACAGUCAUCCUGGUUCUGAUCAUAGCACUGGGAGCCAGCAACGCGAAGACGUCGAAUCGACUGUGGUCUGUGGAGCAGAGUGUUUCCAACCUGAGCGACGUCAUCCAAUCACUGAACGCCUCCCUGCAGCACGCUCAAGAAACAGCCAAAGACGUCCAGCGGCUGCAGUUUGCUGUGGAGAACAACAAGGACCAGCUGGCCUCAGUGUCGGAGGCGUUGAAGCAGCUGUCAGCUGUGGACUCUCUCAGCAGGAGCGUCGCCUCGCUCAAAUGUUCCCUCGAACGCAUCAUCAACAACAGCUCAGCAGUGGACGGUUGCUGUCCUCUGGGUUGGGAGCAGUUCGACCUCAACUGUUAUUUCUUCGGCAGUUUGUCUCUGUCCUGGAACGAGUCCAGAGUCUGGUGUGACAAACAUGAAGCUCACCUGCUCAUACUCCACACAGACAAGGAGUGGGAAUUUGUGACCCGUCACAGCGUUCCUGAAUUUUACUGGGUUGGUCUGUCGGACUGGAGGACCGGGCGGUGGGAGUGGGUCAACCAGACGCCGUACACGAUAGAGCGCAGGCGCUGGGUGCCCGGUCAGCCCGACAGCUGGGCUCAUCACGGCCUGGGCCCCGGGGACGAAGACUGCGCGCACCUGCACCGAAAUGGACGCCUCAAUGACUUGCACUGCUCCAUCAAGUUGCGCUACAUCUGCCAGAAACACAGCGUGCGUGUCUAAACAGCACCACCCAGCUCCACCCACACCGCUCACCUGAUAUUGUGGAUCUGUUGUAGAUUGUAACCAAAACACCACAACAUGAUCUGAACUGCUGUGACCGACCGUCAGGAAACUCAUCAUAGAUUGGACACAAAACAUCACCGAUGAGCUGCCGUUAGAAACUCAAGACAAUAAUAAAAACAA